CUUCACAUCAAUCAACAUAUACCCUCAGGUUGUGGUUAGACUAUUUUUAACAACAUCUUAAAAUAAUGAAAUGGUGCAUAACCAAGACACCUAGAACUAAACAACUAUACACAAAUUUACAACUGGUACGGUACACUGUCUGAAAAAGCCGUCACUUGGACAGUACCCUUUAAAAUGUCCUGAAGGUACCUUUAUGCACCCUUACGAUACAAAGGUCAACUGUUUGGAAGGGUACUGCCACCGUGAAAGCUUUUGUAUGUUUUUCAGAGUUUGAGUAUUUAUAUCUACAUUCAGUCUGUGUAUUCUAAUAAGAAAUAGGGCAACUUGCACAAUAUAUUCUGAGUGCAAUAUAACCCUUAUGUAUUUCUAAUGUCUUUAUCAGCACAGGAAAUUUCACAUGCUGGUUUGUUCACCGCAACACCUACUCAAAAAACACACGUCAGAACAGGACGCAUCAACAUUGUAUUUUAGUAAUGUGUCAGGUGGAGAGGCUGCUGGUUUAUUAUAAUCUAACAGUCUAUUGAUAUUAGCAGCAAAACAGCAUCUUGGAGUUUAAUCAUAUUUGCAUGCAUCUUAUAAAGCCAGGAAACAUAAUACAACAUGGUCAUAACUAAAGCAUGGGCAGUCUAGUGAGCAGAUACAGGCGCCUAUUUGUUGCUAACAGCCAGGAACACCUAGUGUUAUCAGAUGGAGCUGCAGAAAAUCACUUGUACACGGCAGUGGCUUUGUGCAACAUAUCCAACAGGUCCAAUGAACAUACAAUAUCUAUAGGAGAGAAACUGAAUAUAAUAUCAGAAGAAGGUGACAUGUUGAGGGUUUGUUCUGCAUUAACUGGCACAGAGAGUUUCGUUGCUCGCAACUGUGUUUCCAAAGUGUACGAUCGGUGGUUAUUUGAAGGGAUCACCAGGAGAAAUGCAGAAGAGCUUCUGUUGUUGCCCCAAAACCACACAGGAUCUUUUUUAAUUCGGGAUAGCCAGACAUGUCCUGGUAACUACUCACUCUCGAUUCGACAACACAGUGGUCAUACACACAAAAUAAAGCACUACAGAAUCCUAUUGCUUCAUAAUGGCUGGUUUUGUAUCCAUCCAAGCAGACCCUUCUCCACGUUAAACCAGUUGGUAAACUAUUAUUCACGUUCUGCCAAUGGUCUCUGUCAUCUGUCUGAACCUUGUGUAAUUCGUGAUUCGAACACAAUUGAAGAGCAUGUGUCUUCACCUAGAGUAAUCCAGAGGCCUAAUUUUAACUGGAGAGAGGUCACGAGGUCAAUGAUUCAAAGGCAACCAAAGAGGACAAAUCCGGACAGUUUGGUCAGUGAAGGACUACGAGAGACUAUGAAUGCAUAUAUUUAUUUAACAGAGGAAUCAUGUUGUGAGGACUGAAUGAUCUCAAACAAAGACCAGGCUUUUAAGUCACAGAUGAAGAUAAGUAAUAGAUCUCAUGGGUCUCUAUUCUUUAUUCAUCCUCCAAGAGGACCACAGUGUUUUCGACAUCGAAAAUCUUAUUAGGGUCAAUGACAAAACAAGAAAAAAUGAAUGUAAUGCUCUUUGUGAGUCAGAAACAAAUGUGUUAAAAAGUUUUGUUUAUUGAACAACAUUUCAGAAGAUUUUAAAGAUGUACUGAAAUGAUAUUCCUAUUAAAAAAUGUCAGGUGGUACAACCAAUCAUUGCCUAUAUUUGCCAGAUUUUAAUGUGCUCCCUGUGUUUGUUUAUUUGAUAGUGGCAUUCAAAAUAAUCCUGAAAAUAGUUGGAAAGUGUAAAACAACAUUUAAAACUAUACAUUUAAGAACAGUAAUAAAAAAACAAUUAUAGACAACCUUAGGUUGCAUUUAUUAAAACUAAAAUUAUUAAGCUGAAUUUUUUUUAUUGGGGCAUUCAUAGCAGUUGUACUAUUUGACUUUCUGGUUGCACCACCUGACCUCUGCAAUAAAUUUGCAUUAAUCAAACUUUUUGGGUUCUGCAUAAGAUAACCUGUGAUAUCAAAUUCAUAAAUAUACUUUUUUUCCAGUUUUUUUUAAAUAUUACAAACUUUUUAUUCAGCCAUAAAGACCACCUGUGGUUUACUGGAUGAUGUGAUAUCAUGUUUACUGUUUAUACUUGUUAACUUCUUAAUAAAAAGCAUAUGAUUGUGAUUGUACUGUACCUUGACAUUUGAAAACAAUUUGAAAACUGUUAGAUAGUGCAGAGAAAGGGGCAGUAUUAUCCCCUUCUGACAUCACAAGGGGAGCCAGAUUUCAAUGACCUAUUUUUUCACAUGCUUGCAGAGAAUGGUUUACCAAAACUAAGUUACUAUUUUUUUACACAUUUUCUAGGUUGAUAGAAGCACUAUAGCACUAAACAUGGAAAAAGUCAGAUUUUCAUAAUAUGUACCCUUUAAACGGCUAAUUUUAUUUAUUUAUUUUAUAAGUUUGAGAUACAUUUAUUAUAUAUAAAAUACUGAAAAUGUAUUUCAUGUAUCAAGUUAUUUUUAUAGUAAAUAAUCCCCCCGGACACAAAAAUAUAAAUCACUGAAAAGUUUGACAUUCAGUAUGGUUCACAGAGGCAAUGGAGACAAGGGAAAUGCUUGUUUUGUAUACAUAUGCUAUGAAGUUUUGUUGAUCUAUUGUCUAUUCUAUGUUUAUUAUCAUUUAGAGUACUUUAUGUUUCACACAGAUUCUGGUAGAUUAGGUGUCUUGUGUCUUUUUGCUGUUUCAGAAAAUGUCAACAGUGUUGAUACUAUAGGCUACUAUUAACUUCCAUAAACCCAUGUUGCAAUAUAAAUAGUUUGUGGUGUGUGUGUGUGUGUUUAAAUUUGCAGCGUGAGAUAAUUGUUACCGUGUGUAAAAGUCUGAUGUUGGAAUGGGGAUGCCUCUCAAGAAAAACUAAUAAAUACUU